CUCACCGCUGGGGGCGCUGUGUGUUUGUGAAGUGUUUCCGGGUCAGGGAGGAGCAGAUCCUCGUGGUUCCGGUGCCUCUGUUUUCACGCGUUUCUCCCGCAGAUUUAAUAUAUUUAAACAUCUGUAGAUCUGUUUUAAUAUUUAUACACACCUUUAUAUCUGUCAUAUCAUAUUCCUCCGGGUCUUGCUCGUGUUUCCUGCUCUUAUUUGUCGGAGUUUGAGGCUCUUUCUCGGGGCAGACAUGGGGCCGCCGCGCUCGAAGAAACGCCGUCCUUCGUUCAGGAAGCUACUGAAGACGUCGGGAGUGAAGCUCGAAAACAAACUGAAAAACAAAACAUUUAAGCAACAAAACGUCGCAAAGAAACAGCGCAAAGAACAGAAACGACUGAGGAAGGCCCUAAAGAGCACCGCCAACAGCAAACCUCAGGAACUGCUCACCUUCGCCAAACGCCCAGAUGAGGAGGAGGAGGAGCAGUUCUUGGAGGAGUUGCCUUCAGACAUGUUGGAGGAGGAGGACCUGCAGCAGAUGAAGGACAUGGCCCAGAGAGCGUCCUUCAUCACCAGAGACCUGUCCUCCAGCGCUCCGGUUCACAGCACCAAAAAGAGAAAGUCUGAGCUUCUGCGAAACCUCGAAAAAGUCCCACGGAAAAUGGCCAAAACGGAAGAGAAAGAAGUGAUUCACCUCCUGCCGAUAAAAGACAAGAGAGGAGUCGUCCCUCAGUCUGUGGAGAGAGUGAUAGAGAGAAAGGAGGAGGAGGAAGAGGAGGAAGAGGAGGAGGAGCCACAGCAGGAGCAGGAAGUCACUGACCAACCCGGGGCAGACCUGAGCCCAGAGCACAGGGAGCUACGCCUGACACAGAGGAAACAGCAGAUGGCAGCACUGGCCUCGGCCGUGAUCGCCGACCCGCACACAACUAUUAAACGUCUAAAGGAGCUCAGAUCGAUGCUCUCUGAACCCGACCCUUCCAUCGCGGUGACGGUGAAGAAGCUCGUGAUGGUUUCUCUGAUGGAGGUUUUCAAAGAUAUCACUCCCACUUACAAAAUCCGACCCCUGAGCACCACCGAGAAGAGCGCCAAGGUGAAAAAGGAGACUCAGGCGCUCCGAGAGUUUGAGGAGGGGCUGCUCAGUCAGUACAAGUUUUACCUGGAGGACCUCGAGCAGAUCGUCGCAGACUGGAGGGGCAGCCGGACUAAGCGAGUGCAGACCGUGUCCUUGGACUCGUAUCGUGGUCUGGCUCUGGUCUCAGUCAAGUGUCUGUGUGAGCUGCUCCUGAAUCUGUCUCACUUCAACUUCCACAACAACAUCAUCGUAGUGUUAGUCCCACUGAUGAACCAUCAGGACAGAGAGAUCUCAGAUCUGGUCUGUGGAGCUUUUCGGAGCCUCUUUGCUCAGGAUAAAGUGGGCGGAGCCUCGUUGGCCGCGGUCAGAGUCAUUUCUGGACUCGUCAAAAGUCACAACUAUGAACUCAGACCAGAGGUGCUGCAGACCCUUUUGUCUCUCAGGAUCAAAGAGGUGCAGAUGAAGAGAGACAUCGAGGACACGGCGCCAAAACACAAAUUUAUGAACAACAAGGACAAAAAGAAGAACCUGUCCAGAAUGCAGAGGAAGUGGAAAAAGGCAGAGGACAAGCUGCACAAGGAGCUGCUGGAGGCUGAGGCCACAGAGUCGAAGGAGAAGAAACUUAAACUGCACACUGAGGUCUUAAACGUGAUCUUCGUCAUCUAUUUUCGCAUUCUGAAAAAAUCCCAAAAGUCUGUUCUGCUCCCGGUCGUCCUGGAGGGGCUGGCCCAUUUUGCUCAUUUGAUAAAUCUGGAGUUUUUCGAUGACCUCGUCACUGUACUGCAGCAGCUCAUCCAAUCAGGAGACCUGUCAAAUCGAGAGAGUCUCCACUGUAUCCAGACGGUCUUCACCAUUUUAUCAGGACAAGGAGAUGUCCUCACCAUCGACCCUUUGAAGUUCUACUCUCAGCUGUACUCAGUCCUGCUGCAGCUGCACGCAGGCUCCACUAACGAAGACGUGCUGAUCGCGUUGCGCUGUGUGGACACCAUGUUCCCACGACGACGGAAACACGUGACCCUCCAGAGAGUGAUGUCGUACCUGAAACGUCUGAGCACGCUCAGUCUGCACACACUGCCCAACGCUAGUGUCGCCAUAUUGGCCACUAACAGGACGUUACUGCAGACGUUCCCACGCUGUGAUGCUCUGCUCGACACCGAGGUCCAGGGCAGCGGCUGUUUCCUCCCAGAACUCAACGAACCCGAGCACUGCCAUGCCCACAACACCACACUGUGGGAGCUCCGCCCUCUACAGAGACACUUCCACCCGACUGUCCAGACUCUGGCCUCUCACUUGAGCCACGGGGCCCCGACUGAGGGCUCCAAGUCCCUGAGGGCAGAGUUGAGCAGGAGACCGCCCGAGGAUCUGUUUGAGGACUACAGUAUCAAAGACAUGAGCUUCAACCCCCCGGUGUCCAGCCAAUCAGCAGCCAGGAGGAAACAGGAGCACUUUGGCACUGGACACUCUUUUCUGAACAAAGACCUUCAGAAACUCGUUGACCAGGUUCUAACAUCACCGUGCGAGGGGGCGGAACCUUCACCUGGCCAGGGGGCGGAGCCAGACUUGACCUGAAAGAACCUGUAACAGCUCUGAUUUAUGAACUGCUGCUUUAAGUCUGAUGGAAAGCCCUGAAUCUGAAAAGGACUGUAGGGGGCGCUGUGGGAGGACUGUAUCGUAUCGUCACAUGCUCCUGUGAAUAAAGAUGUUUUUUUAAAUGAAAAUGUGACGUUGACUCCAGAGCUGCUUUGUCGCUGCGUAAAACAUUUGUCAUCAAAGGACAUUAUGGAAGAAACUGCUCCCAUUUAUAGAACUUUUAUGUGUAAAAUAAAAAUGUAAAAUAUUU